AAAAAUACAACGAUUUUCACAAGUCGAUAAAACUGAAAAAAUAACACCGGCAAAUAUGCGGUUUUUAGUUAUCUUCUUUUUGUUUUUCACUAUAACGAAAUGUGUUUUGGCCAAGAACAACGUGAAAUCAUUGACAGAGUCUCAGGGGCAAGAAAUUAUCGAGAUCGGUGGACCGGACAAAGGACUACCAGCUGAUUUAGAAGAAGAACCUUCAGCGGAGCUGGAAGAUGAAGAAGAGAAGAUGGCUCAGACCAGCACCACUUUAACGGUUGCCACCAAGAAGGAGGCCAAGAAAACCACAACUGCUAUCGCUGAACGUAGAAUGAACAAGAAUAACAUGAAAAUCGGGGACGACUCCACGCAAGAUGAAGAGGAGUUGAGAAUAGAAAAAGAAUUAGCCGAAAUUUAUAAAGACAACUCUGAUUACAAAGGCGAUAGUUCCGAGGCAACCAUGAAACUCACCCUCUCCAGCGGAACAGGGGAUGACUCGAAACCGUUAGGAAGGAACAGGCCCACAAAUUUCAAAUUCCAACCGAAUUUGAACAACAAGGCCGAAGUGGAAAGAUUUCGCACAUCAAUAGACGAAAUCAGUUGCAAUAGGAGAGAACAGAGACUCACAAUAACUUCCACUCUCCAUGGGACCAACCCCACGGUAAAUGGAGAUGAUGACAGGACGACGACCGAAAAGCCAAACUCAGCAACCAAAACUGAACAUAUGACGGCCCUUUAUAUAAACUUAUUUACAUUUAUAACGCUCGGCUUUUUAAAAAAUUCUUUUUGAAAAAUCGACGACUAUUGGCAGAAACAGGUUACAGCUUAUAUUUAUGUCUUUAAAGCAAAACAAGAGAUUUUAUAAAUGUCAUAAUAUUUCAUGAAAAAUUAUGUAGAUACCAAAAAAUAACAAUAAAUAAUUUGUUCAUAAAUUUUUACCUUACUAUAAAAGGUAUUUUGAUUUUUCUAUGCCAAGAAGUGUUUUGUUUAUCCUAAUUAUUAUUAACUAAUAAUUAAGUAAUUUUAGAUUUGUGUCUUUUCUAUAUGUAAAUAAAAUAUUAGUAAAAUUUUCUGUUUCUUAUAAUAA